AUGGAUCACAACUUUCAAUUCAAUGCGAUGUACACCAAUUUCCCUCAUCCGCAAGAGCAGCAGCCGCCAUCUCAGUCUGUUCUACAAUCUCAACACCAGUUUCAGAAUCAGAAUCGACAUUUCCCUUCCCAUGUACAGACUCAACCGCAUCACACUCCACAGUUUCGACCACAGCCGCGUCCUCCGCCUCAGCCGUACAAUCUGCCUCAAUCAUAUCCUCCUCAACCAAUUCCCCAGAAUUACCCUCAGUACUACUACAACCACGACCAGCCGUACCAGUCGCCGAUCCUUCAAUAUCAGCAGCCUCCAUUCUACCAGGCUCCUACCCCGUCCGCGCCUCCAUCGCAACCCCGUGUCGAGGUUGUUGUGCCAACUCAGCGAUCGCCGCCGCCCCAGGCGAUGCCAUCACCUCAGCAGUUUCAACAGCAAAGACAUCAGUUCUAUCCGCAACCUCCAACGCAGAAUCAAAUACGCAGUCCCGUUCGAUCUUUUCAGCAGACUCCUAAACAACAACAGCAGCAGCAGCAGCAGCAGCAGCAACAACAAAGCCCCCAACAGCAACCUCUUCGACAUCAGCAGGAAUCUCAACAACAGCCUCAAACAUACCCUCCACAACACCCUCGCUCGGCUUCGCAAACACAGUCAAACACAGUUGUUCAAAUUCCAGCCUCAAACGUUAGGCAUGAGCAAGCUCUGCCACUGCAGAAGCCACCGGCAACUCGAGUAACAGAGCCUGAGCUGUUAAUUAAGCAAGAAUUAGCACCACCUACAAUGAAAACCGACUUACCUUACAAUAGGCCAAACCCGCCAACCACGAUAGAUCCGCAAAUGCUUCAGAAGCCUGCCCAGCCAAAGCCGCCUAAAGUACUCCAAGCUGUCGAGACUAAUACAAAGCCUAAGCAGGUUUCCGGCAGACCGGCAGACCAUGAACGAAAACCUCCCAAACCCGACGAACCUGAACCCGACUAUCCAUCCUUAUUGUGUGUUCUCGCGGAUGACUACGUUGAUGCCGCGCGCAAGCUACCGACCCCAGAUGAUGAGUACUACACAUUCAUAGCAACCGCCAUUGGCUGUCUCGAAUCUGUUCUCAACAACUUCAAACUCCCACCUUUGAAAGAAGCACAAGUUUCAAUUCGAUAUGCGCAAAUUCUCUACGAAGAAACCGAAAACUAUGAUGAAGCUGAGACCACUUUGACUAAAGCUAUCGAAAUCUGCGAAAGACACAAAUUCGUCGACUUGAAAUAUGAAACACAGUUGCUCCUAUGCAAAGUCCUCUAUGAGUCCAGACCGAAGGCUGCGUUACGAGAGAUGCAGAGAAUGAUUGAUGAUAUCGAGGCAUAUCGCCACACAGUGUGGCUCUACAUUUUCCGUUUCCAGCAUGCAAUGUUUUCAUUGGCAUCGGCCGCGCCAGGAGAAGUCCACAACGCCACCGUCCAGCUUGAAAAAAUCACCAACCUCGCAAAGCAAAACUCGGAUAGUGCCGUUCUUGCCUUUGCUGCCGUAUUGGAAGCACUCCUGCAUCUUUCCAGCUCCAGCCACGAAGCUGUUACUGCCACUCAGACAGCUCUAGCAAAGGCUAGAGCGCUGCAGUUAAAUCCGGACGUUGAGCGAAACCCGCAGCUUACUAUUCUCAUGGAAUUUCUGGACCUUGCUUGCAGUGUUCAGGAAUCCAACAUUACACAGAUCGAAAGCAAGCGUAAAAUCAUGCAAAAUGUACUGUAUGAAUCCAUUGGCGACCCCAACUGGCGUGAUGACGGCUUCAUCUACAUUCCCGUCUCCAAGCGAGCGAUGGCAGGUGUUCAAAUUCAAGGCACUGGGCAUGUUAUUGAACGAGGUGGCAAGUUCUUUUUGACCUUCUCAUGGCUGAGCAAACUACAAGUCGAAGUAUUGGGUUACCUCUUCAGCGCUGACAGUACAGCGUACAAGAGUGGAACGGAUGGAGGUAAAGCCGACAAAUUCGCCAUAGAAGGCCUCUCAGUGGUUCAAAAAUGGGGGCGGCCAAAGCUCUCUGCAGGAUAUCAGCAGUCCCAGAGGGCAUAUCUCUUCCAGGAGUUGGUGGAAGCCCAGUAUUUGUUGCUUAUCUGCUUCAUGCGUUGUGCCAGAGGUCUCUGGCAAGAGGCGGAUGGCAUGCUGGUCAGGAUUGAGGCCAUCGCGACAGAAGUUGGAAACAACUUCCCAUUGAAUAUGAAGUCGGCCCUUGUCUAUUUGCGAGGGGCUGUCUUACAGGGGACAGGAAACACCACACAAGCACUCGACAUUUACCAGUCUCCAACCUUGAACUUCGAACAGAAACAUACCGCACCACCGACAAAGCGAGAUAUCGACGAUGAGAUUUCCACCUCGUACCACGCCGACUCUGACGUUACUCGCAAUUUCUGCAUCCUGGCAGCUAUGAACAGUGCCUUUAUUCUUCGCGAUCCGAAUCAUCCACAGCAUAAUCGACUGUCUUAUCUGGUUAAUAGCCUAAAUUCUGCAGUACAACAAUGUGGAAACAAGUACAUCCAAGCGCAUUAUUCGCUCUUGGUCUCGUUUCUCGCAAACACAACUCUCACCGCGAAGCAAUAUCUCAAAGGUGCUAUGGAAGCUGCAAAGGCCAUUGGGAGUACGCAGACCACCGCGCUUGCCCUCAUCUACAUGCAGGAGAAGCUGUUCAAGAGCACUGUGGAUGAGCAGGCCCUCAAGUGUGCUAGAGCAGCCAGCCACCAGGUCCGGAGAUGGGGUGACCCUCUGUGGAUGCAUGUCGUGGCUGGUCUCGAGGCCGAGGCACUGGAGGUCAAUGGGUACAUGGCUGACGCCCAGCAGCGAAGAGCCGAUGCUGAUGCAGGUUGGGAUAAGUUGCCGAAGAGAAUCAAAGGCUGA